AAUCACUGAAGAAGAAGACGACGACAUAGCUUACAAGGUAUUGUAUCAUUCCAGAUGUUCCUGUUGAUUUUGGUCUCAUCUUCUUGAUCUUCGAGAGUUUGAGAUUAAUCGAAUUAUUAUUUUAAUAGUCUCAUAUGAUUAUAAUGUAAUAUUUGAUUAGAAAUUUUUAUAAUCUAUGGAUAACGUGCAUUUAGUGGUGUAGCAAACGAUGCAUUGUUUUAUGGUAUGCACUGCAGGUGUUUGAAGAGGUAACUUACUAGUAGCGUAGCAAUCCAUACAGGAUAUCAAAGGGGACAGGCACAAAACGUCCUGAUUUACCCGAGAAUGACACCUCCGAACCCCGGUUUCGAAUUUGAAAACUACUCCGAAGUAAGUAGCCGAGUGGCUUCCGACGUAUCUGCAUCACUCGAUCCCUCGAAGGACACCGCGACUACCGUUUCGUGUCCCUCGAAGGGUCGACCGGAUUCAGGGUCGGUCUCCCUCGACCUGACUCUGCAUUUCAGCGAGACGACGCCGAGUAAUACUUUGUCCGCCACGACGCCGAGGGUUUUCUCUUGUAAUUACUGCAGGCGCAAGUUCUAUAGCUCGCGGGCAUUGGGCGGACACCAGAAUGCGCAUAAGCGAGAGAGGACGAUGGCAAAGCGUGUCAUGCGGAUGGGGAUGUUAUCAGAUAGUUAUACGAGCUUAGCGUCUCUGCCCCUUCACGGCUCGACAUUCCGGUCCCUCGGGAUAGAAGCUCAUUCCGUCACGCACCAAGGAACCAUACCAUCAUCCGGCCAUAGGCCGAUAGAUGCGAGAACCGGAGCACGGUUCGAUCAAGGGUAUUUCGGAAUGCCAAUGUUCAUGGAAGAUGAUGAUGUAGACUUGUUCUGGCCCGGAAGUUUCAGGCAGGUGAACGAAGAUAAAAAAGCCGGCACUGACCAAGAUUUGGACAUGGCUCAAAGUUCAAAUAUAGGAUUUAUGGCAUUGGUAUCACCACCAAGAGCAGAUUCAUCUGCACUCGAUCUUACUUUAAAGCUCUAAUAUUUUUAAUUUUCCGUUCCAUAUAAACUAAAUACUGAUUAUAUAUGUAAUAACAUCGACUUAAAUUCAAAAGUGUUGAAAUGAGAAAAACCAUAAAGUAUUUUAAUUUAAUAAUAUUAUUUUUCAAUAAUUUUU